ACCAAAUCGGGGCGAGAGCACACACCAAACCCCUCCGUAGUACGCGCACCAUACCAACUACCAAGGCCGCUCCGGCCGCCACCCGCGACCCGCUUAUGGAGAGCCCUCACGGCGGCUCCCUCGGAGAAGGCGGCGCCCUCUCGCCGCCGGCGGAGUCGGUGAGGAUGCUGCACGAGAUGGCGCUCCGGGACGGCAAGGAGGGGGAGGAGCCCGAUCUGCCCGACGAGCAGCUGCGCUCCAACGACCAGCUCCAGCAAGAUGAGAUGCUGGCACUGGAGGCAAUUUAUGGAGGCAAUUUAAACGGUUUUGGUGAAAAUUCUGCACCACGGUAUUUCCAGAUAUAUGUGUAUUGCGAAAUCCCAGAUGGUAUCACUGUGUCGGUGGAACUUCUCCAGGCUGUUGAUGAUCACCCAAACAACCGGUUCUUUGAGAAAUUCAGUGUCGAGCACUUGGCUCCAAUAUCACUGACAUGCCUUAUGCCUCCAUCUUACCCGAGCCAUCACUCUCCAUACUUUACUCUCGCAGUAAAAUGGUUGGAUAGUGUGAAGAUUUCCUCCCUCUGUGGCAUGCUCGACUCGCUCUGGGCGCAGCAACCUGGACAUGAAGUUGUUUUUGAGUGGGUGCAAUGGCUGCAGAGCUCUAUGCUCUCUCAUCUUGGUUUUGAUGACGGAAUAGUAAUACGGGAGUCUGAUAGUACCAUGGAUCAUGUGGAUGUUCGCGUUGUUGGAGAGAUUCUGCCUGUAGAGGAUGUUGUUCAACAGUUGAUCAGCUACAAUGAAGAGCAAUGCCAAGAAUCGUUUCUCCAUGACUUUCAUGUUUGCAUGGUCUGUUUCAGUGAGUACAAAGGCAUCGACUUCAUAAAACUUCCAUGUCUUCAUUACUUUUGCCGGAAUUGCAUGGAGACAUACUCACGGAUGCAUGUGAAGGAAGGAUCAGUAAUGAAAAUUGUGUGCCCUGAUGACAAAUGUGGAGGUUUUGUUCCUCCUAAUCUACUACAGAUGUUGCUAGGAGAGGCAGAUUUUGAAAGGUGGGAAAGAUUGAUACUUCAAAGGACUCUAGAUGCAAUGGCUGAUGUAGCCUACUGUCCAAGAUGUCAGACAGCUUGCCUGGAAGAUGAGGACAACGCCCAGUGCCCCAAGUGCUUCUUCAGCUUCUGCACCCGCUGCAGAGAUCGUCGUCACAUAGGGGAGAGAUGCCUUACUGCAGAAGAAAAACUUCUCUCCUUGCAGGAACGUGAAAAGGCACGCCACUUAAACAAAGUCGAUACUGGACCUAGUAAAUUGGUGAACGAAUUAUCUAGCAUCAAGGAAAUACUUCGUUCUUGUGUUCCAUGUCCGCAUUGUGGUACCGGCAUCACACGUGUGUCAGGCUGCAACCACAUGGUAUGUAGGAACUGUGGUAAGUUGUUCUGCUAUGGUUGUGGCAAGCCACUAACUCCUGCUCAUACAAGUGAACAAUGCAGUAUCGAUUAUGAGAAGCGGACAGCGAAGGUGGAUUUGGUUGACACUAUCAAAGAGCUACAGAAAAAACUGAAUGUGGGAGGAUACAAACCGCAUCCAUGCCCGAAUUGCCACCUGAUAACUUACAAGCUGGGAAACAACAACCACGUCUUCUGCGAGGGAUGCCAGGUUCAUCACUGUGCUCUGUGCCGGAAGGUGGUGCGGAAGAGCUCGGAGCACUAUGGCCCUCGAGGGUGCAAGCAGCACACUGCCGACCUCGAGAUCACUCAGACUAGAUCAAAGAAGAACGAUGAUUCUCAAUCAGAAUCCUUGUAAGGAUAUCACAGGGCAGGAAUUUGUUUCGGCUACGGUGAAGCCGUUCCUCAUUUAGAAGUACUAUAUGGUUUCAGUUCUCAAGUAGGCGCCGGCAGUUUCAUUUUUACCGAGCAUGUCAUCGAUGAUUAGUGAAUCUAUGAACCCUGAGAAUCAUUUUAUUUAUGUUAAGAAAAAACAGUUAUGAAAAA